AUGACCAGGGCCACGUCUUUCGAGGACUUGACCUGGGCAAACAACGACUACGUGAAAAAGGUGCAGCUGUUGCCUGCAGCUUGCAGAAAGCCGGUCUCGAGCCGACCGGAUUUCGUGAGUCCGGCCCUGUGUCCGUGUCCCCUCGUCCCACCUCAAUUUGUCCCAGAGUCUGUGGCUUUGGGCAGUCUCGUUGUUCUUGUUCGUGUUUCAGCUGUUGCGAAGAGAUCUAUGGUUGACACAUUCCUGUGGAAGUUCUUCAACACGGUCAAGGGGAUGGGAAUGGCAUGUUUGCUAAGUGCCAUGAAUUGCCUCCCCAACAUGCCAACAUCACUCCUCCACACCUAG